AUGGCUCGCAACCGUUUAAGAAAUGAAAAGGAUAAAAAACGAGGGUUCAAAGGUAUUGCCCCGGACGAUUUCGCCUACUGGGAUCCAUAUUAUAUAGACUCGGAGCCGGUCCAAAGAUUCAAGAAGGAUGUGGAGGUGUAUGAUGCUUUGGAUGAAGGGUUGACGACUGAAAGUACAUCGACAGCUCAGGGUGUAGAUCCAGAAAUAGGACCCGCCAUUGCGCUGACUUGCGUAUUCGGGGCUGCAUUUAUUAUACUACCAUUUUUCGUAAGAAAAGGACCCAAUCGCGGGUUAACCCAAUGCAGUAUAAUGCUUACGGUUUUCUGUAUGUGGAUUUUCUGGGUGACAGUAUACAUCGGUCAGAUGAAUCCACUUAUGGGCCCGAGACUUGAGAAUACAUCGGUUGCGUGGAUUGCACAUAAACUGGGCAAUCAAGUUGAACGAUCGUCUAAUGGUUCGUCUUGA